CCCUCGAACGGUGGAGGCGGAUUUUUCUCUAUGUGUGUGUUUUUUUUGUUGUGAGUCUGUUUAGAUUUUUUGGAGCUGGUUCCCGAAGUUCCAGACGAGGUUCCUGCGGGCGGAAUCUUCACUUCUAAAAACGUUGCAGCGCUGAAAGCGUGUGAAAAUUUGACCAACGUCGAUUUCGUGGCACCUAAUUUGGUUCGAUUUCCAGCCAGCAAAUUGACCACAACACACGGCCAGAACCGAGCGGAUGUCAGCAGAAGCAGUAAAAAAGUGUAUUUUGCAAAUUGGGCAUCGUGAAGAAACGUUGCGACGACGCCUGCGGAAUUGAAAAUUUCAAACUUUUUGGCGUGGAAAGCUGAUCUAACCAACCCGACAACAAACUCGCACCAAAGACUCCAAAAGUUCACGGACUUUUGACCACGUUUUGGCCGUGCCAAAGUGCCAAAACCUGCAAAGCGGUUGAGUAAGCAGAAAUAUGUAAACAUUCCAUUGUCCGGCAAGACAAACGAGUUAGAGUCAACUGAUAUUUAUUAUCCGGACCGGUUAAGAAGCCAAAACAAGUGUGUGGAGAGACUUGUUGGACGCAAGCGACGAACCGGGCUUACGAACAAGGAAGUUGAUCUUACAAAAAACGCAAACAUGCCAGCUUACGCACCGUACGACAGUUUUGCGUCCUCGCGCAGAACCGCGGAUUCGAUCUACUACACGGCCAAGGAGUACGAUUCGGCCGACGAGGCGGACCUGAUGCGACACAUGAUGGUUCCAGCGCCGCACUCGCGUCGUCCCAGUGUCAUCGAUCCGAUGGGGGGACCGGUCGAUACGAUCUUCAGCCGGCGUUACGUCGAUCCGUGGGAUUUGGAGAACUAUGUCUACAUCAGGAAGCAAGUGCUGGACCCAACCUCCGAAUCCGAGGUGCCUCCGUCGCCCGCCGGUGUACCCAUCCAGUCCAAGUUCUACUACGUGCCCGGUGAUAUGGAGAGUUGCCGCGAGUGCAGUGCGGAAAUCAUCAGUCCCGCGGCCAAGAUGAUGUGCGCCGACGACGACGAGCUGGUCGAGGAGGAGGACGACGGAAUUGACGAUGAUCUGGAAGUGGACGAGCUGGACAUGGUUGAUGGACAUGGAAUGGAUGGGUACUACACCGAGCGGUACGACACGGUGAUGGAGGAGGACAGCAUUGCAGGCGAUGAGCUCGUCUACAGCUCAUACACAGAUUUGGAAACGUCUUCGGCGGAUCAUCCCAGCUCGUGCGACAGUCCCAUGUCCGCGCUGCGGUUGCACACUCCGGGCUUCGGCAAGACGGCCACCAGUCGGCGUCCCAUUGUCCUUCCCAAGCCGCUUCCCCAGCUGGAGUUCCCGGGUCCUCCGUCGUACGAACCGUACUACGAGCCCAGCUGCUGUCCCUACAUGCCCCUUCCCCUUCCUCCCGUUCCCCCACACCACCAUUCCCACCACCAUCCCGGCCUGUUGGACGUUCCGUCGCCCGGAAGUGGCGGCAGCGGCAACUACUACUCGCUGGCCCCGCCGGAUUGCUUCGAGUGUGCCCGCCAGCAGGAGCAGGUGAUCGAACACGUGCCGCUGUACGCCACCGGAGGCCGCCAAAGUCAGUCCGGACACAGCCCGAUGCGGCGACGUUCGCGCAGCGCCAGCGUAGUCAGUAUGAGCCUGGCCAGACGGCCGAGCCUGGUGUCGGUGCCGCCGUCGGUCGAUCCGGCCACGGCGGUCUCGAUCGCGGCCACCAACGCUAACGUAUGUUACACACCGCAACAUUUCAGCCUUAGCAAGAAGGGCCUGCUCCAGAUCGACUACUCGUGCAACUGGGACAACCUGGACCAGUCGUUGCGUCAUUGAACGGAACAAAGCUCAAUCCCAAUCUGCUUCCAAUUCUCUUCUGUGUAAUUUUAACUUUUUCUUAAAGCUGCAAAUGCACACAAACCAAACGCACAACCCACGCGCGCGCAAAAACAACGCACAACAUGCUCAAUUUAUUUAGGCUAAAUAAAACUGAGAUAAGUGCUUACACGAAACUUUAAUUAUAUAUUUUCUCCCUUCUUUAGUAGGUAAGUAAACGCAACAUGAGGAAGAUUGUAUUUAUGACUAAGCAAAGGACACAUGUUAAAUAUUUUGUAUUAACUAACGAAGAAAGUUACGCUGUAAAUAUGGACGAUGCAUGGAUAAGUUUAAUAAAGUUAAUAAAAGGUGA